UUAUCAGCUUUUCUUGUUUGUUAUGAUGUUUUGCUCGUUAAUGGGCAGAAGUUGGUAUUGGGAUUGGGAUUGAGAUUAUUGUUAAGAUGGGCUAUUUAUUAAUGUUAAUUAGAUGUUUUUCUUUGUUUCUGUAUUCAAUUCUUGAAUUCAUUUAACGGGGUAAUUAAGAUUGUGCUUAUUAUCAUUAAUUACUUGCUGAGUAUUUGAAAUCGUCUGCAAUGCCGAAAAUAGGUCAAGAUUCUUGAAAAUUUCUGCAAAUUUGAUGUACUUGAAUGGAGGGAAUGGCAUUUUUGUUGUGUUUAAAUUUCAAUGCAAGACAACUGAAUGUUUUAUAAGGUGGAGAUGUAAUGAGAAGCUGAUACGUUUAUCACUCCGGUUUAAGGUUCUUGUUUAGGCUGUUUAUGUUUUGAAAUUGGGCAAUGCUGAUGUUUUUUUUCCGUAUAUUCAAAGAGUGGUGGGAAAGCGAAGGGCUCGACUUUUAUGCUGUUGCUGGUUUUUUGGUACAUUUUUAUUUGUAGAUGACAAGAAAAAUAUGCGACAUAUACAUCUGAACAUUGUAUGUGCUUAGCCCCGUGUUGAUGACUUGUUGUUUAGAAUGAAGAUGUAAUGAAGUAUUCUGUGAUUAAUGUAUCUGUGGCUUGGUUUUGAAGUUGGGAAUUCUUGAUACGAAUACACACCAUAAUACGAGGUUGAGAUUGUUGAGUUGGUGUUGUUAGGAUAGGCUUAGCAUAUUUUCAUGUUGUACACAUUGAUAUGUCUCCAGAUCUUGUUAUGUCGUAGUUUUGGAGACCUAACACGAUUGCUGACAAGGUUACUGAAGUUUGGCUCAAGACAGGAAUUUCGUGUAGAAUUCACGAUCCCCUACCUUUACGGUUUAACUUCAAAUUAUAAUAUGCAUAACAUGAAGUUUUUUCUCAAUCUUCUUGAUAAUGGAUAAUGCAUAAUCAUUGUAAUCCUGUUUCGCCAUUUGUUAUCCUGUUUUCACUGUUGGAAAUAUUUUCAUUGACAGAUGAUGGUGUUUCAUUAGGUACACUUAAAUCUGCAAAAAAGACCUUUUAUCAUUUGAGAAUGGAGGAUGCUAAAAAUUUCAAAGAAGAUGGCCCUCCUGAAUCUACUCCUGCACCGAUACUUCUGUCUCCAGUCAAGGAUCAAUCAGCUACUGCUGCUGCUGCUUCGACAACCCAAGAUAGUAGUGGAGAAUUAGAUGUUUCUAAGUUAGCACCAAAUGGAAAUCCGGUUUUAUCUCCUCCAGUCAUUGAUGUUGAAAUGGUAGCUCCAGAACCGAAUCUUGGCAUGCCUGUGGAAGCGAAACCAGUGAUAGAGGAAAAUAAAGAACCUGUGGAGAGUCAGAAAGAUAAUAAAGCAGCAUCAGUUUCGGAAUCCAACGCAUCGAGUGACGUUCAACAGGAUGCCCCAGUUGCAGACUCUCAAACACUUAAGCCUCAGCAAGAAAAUGUAGAGCCCAAAAUAGUUGCAAGGCCGUCUCCAGAGGAUGACUUUACCCCCCUUCCUUCUCCUCAUCAUCACAGAAGAAACAGUAGCAUUGAUAUUGUUGCCAAAGUUCCCCCUAACUAUAAUAGCAAUCCAACAUCCACCGAGCGUACCAAGAAUCCUGAUAAUGGUGAGUUGGGCAGAGGUCAAAUUGAUACAGCGGCGCCUUUCGAAUCUGUGAAGGCCGCUGUUUCAAAGUUUGGGGGGAUCGUUGACUGGAAAGCCCACCGUGUGCAGACUGUGGAGAGGCGAAAGUUCAUAGAGCAUGAGCUGGAGAAAGCACAGGAGGAAAUGCCAUCAUAUAAGCAGCAAUCUGAGGCUGCUGAAGAGGCGAAAACACAAGUUCUGAAGGAGCUGGAGAGCACUAAAAGACUCAUAGAAGAAUUAAAGCUUAAUCUUGAAAGAGCACAAACGGAAGAACAACAAGCGAAACAGGAUUCUGAACUUGCAAAACUCAGGGUGGAAGAGAUGGAGCAAGGGAUUGCCGAUGAGGCUAGUUUUGCAGCCAGGGCACAACUUGAGGUUGCUCGAGCAAGGCAUGCAGCUGCAGUCUCGGAGCUUGUAACUGUUAAAGAUGAACUGGAACAACUCAGAAAAGAUUAUGCUUUGUUGGUAGCUGAGAAAGAAGCAGCCGUGAGAAAGGCAGAAGAAGCAAUCUCUGCAUCAAAAGAAGUCGAGAAGUCGGUGGAGGAUUUGACUAUUGAACUUAUUACUGUGAAGCAAUCCUUGGAAUCUGCACAUUCUGCACAUAUGGAGGCAGAGGAACACAGAAUUGGAGCAGUUAUGGCAAAAGAACAGGAGAGUCUCAACUGGGAGAAGGAAUUGAAGCAGGCAGAGGAUGAGCUUAAGGAACUGAACCGGCAAGUGCUGUCAACGACUGAUCUCAAGUCCAAGUUGAGUAAGGCAACAGCAUUAUUGCAGGAACUGAAAGCGGAACUGGCAAGUUAUAUGGAAUCAAAAUUAGAGGGAACUGGCAAAGAAGGAAAUGUAGAAGAUGCACUCAAGGAACCGGAGAAAAAGUCUCGUGCAGAUAUUGAGGCUGCUAUUAAUGCAGCAAAGAAGGAACUUGCAGAAGUGAAACUCAGUAUUCAGAAAACAACUGAUGAGGUCAAUAUCUUAAAGCUGGCAUCCAUGUCAUUGAAAUCGGAACUCGAAAAAGAGAAUGUAGAACUUGCAGCCAUUCAACGGAGGGAAGAAAAGGCAUCGAUUGCAGUUGCAUCUCUCGAAGCCGAGCUGGAUAGGACAAAGUCGGAAAUUGCUUUUGUUGAGGAGAAGGAGAAAGAAAGAAGGGAGAAGAUGGGGGAUCUUCCCAAGCAAUUAGAAGAGGCAGCUCAAGAGGCAGAGAAAGCAAAAGCACUUGCCGAAAUGGCUGGGGUUGAGCUUCAAAAAGCAAAGGAAGAAGCAGAACAAGCAAAGGCAGGGGCCAGUAGUAGGGAGAGUAGGUUACGAGCAGCUCAAAAGGAAAUAGAAGCCGCCAAAGCCUCUGAGAAGUUGGCACUAGCGGCUAUAAAUGCAUUGGAGGAGAGUGAAUCUGCUCAACGGAACAACAAUGAGGAUUCACCAACAGGAGUUACACUCACUUUAGAAGAAUAUUAUGAGCUUAGCAAAAAAGCCCAUGAAGCAGAAGAGCAGGCGAACAUGCGAGUGGCUGCCGCUCUCUCUCAUGUUGAGGCAGCUAAGGAGUCUGAAACUAGGAGCCUGAAUAAGCUGGAGGAAGUUAGUUGUGAGAUGUCUGGACGAAAGGAUGCACUAGAAAUCGCAUUGCAGAAGGCUGAGCAGGCGACGGUAGGAAAAUUGGCUGUUGAACAUGAGUUAAGAAAGUGGAGGGCUGAGCAUGAGCAAAGACGGAAGGGUGUUGAAUCUGGUUCACAAAGUAAUAGUCCGCGAGCAAGUUUUGAGGACGGGAAAGAUUCCAAGGAUGUUAUCGAGCCUGAUUCUUCCAGUAUCCAUCAGAGGUCGGGUUCGCAGGCAGAGACAAGCAGCAACACGGAAACAGAACUGUCCCAAGAACCGAAAGCUGUGAAGAAAAAGAAAAGGUCGUUCUUCCCUCGGAUCUUCAUGUUCCUGGCCAGAAGGAAGACGAGUUCAUCUAAGACAGCUUAAUCAUCUCCCUAUGCUAUCUUCUUCUUUCACACAGUUGCUUCUGUUUUGCCUGGCUUGAUUGCUUUCCUCGGAGCUGAUGCACAUCUGUUGUCCGUUCGCAAGAAAGCUCUAGACUUUUACAUGAGUUCAACAUUUCUUUUGCAUACAUUAUUUGACCCGAUCAGAUUAAGUUUUGCUCACAAAGACAGAGUAACUUAUGGGGUUCAAAGGAUAUAGUGAAAUUUACAGCUUAGUGAGGCUUACAGGAACUGUAAGGUGAUUCUGUAAAGCAUCCAGAGUUUUUUGAAUUCAAGUUAUGUUUUCAAUCUUCCUUUCCUCUCUGCGAAAUUUCUACAUAUGUUAAUAGAUAUACCAAUUUCAUUUCUCUCUUCA